CUCACGCCUGCCUUUGCUACUUCAACUUCCCCUGCACAUGCAACACAUAGGCACAAAAACUCAAGAAACAGAGGAGAGAAAAAUGGCAACAGAAAUUGAAAAGGAGCUUGAGAAAUCAGCAGUAGAAGAAGCAAAAGAAGUAGAAGAAAAGGAGAAGAAAAUCCCAGUGUUCACAGUACUGAAGAACAACUCCAUUUUAAAGAACAUUUUCCUCAUAGAUACGCCUCCUGAUUCGCUGCUGCCUACUGCUGCUUCUUCUUCUUCUUCUUCUACUUGGACGAUUCCUAAAGAUGAAAAGCAAGAAGAAGGAUUGUUGGAAGAGAUUUUGGUGGUUGGUAGGCACCCAGAUUGUAAUAUCACGGUGGAACACCCCAGCAUCAGUAGAUUCCAUCUCCGCAUUCAUUCCAUUCCCUCUCUUGAAUCGCUCUCUGUCAUCGACUUAUCCUCUGUACAUGGUACUUGGGUAUCUGGGAAGAAGAUCGAGGCUGGUGUUCAGGUAAAGUUGAAUGAGGGUGAUACUCUGCGGCUUGGUGGAUCAACUAGAGUGUAUAGACUGCAUUGGGUGCCACUGAGCCGUGCAUAUGAUAUGAAGAACCCUUUUGUGCCUCCAUUGGAUGAGUUGGAGCCAGUGGAACAAAGAGCAGAACAAAUACCUAUGCAUCAGGAUGAGGACGGCUUGUACCCUCAAGAUGAUCAAUCUUAUUGUGUCGGUGAUUACUUUGAAGGUUUGGAUUUACUGUUUGCUGAUAUGAACAUGAUCUCAUCGAUUAAACAAUUAACUCCAUCAGAAACUGUAAUGCAUGAAGAAGACAUAAAACCAACAUUUCCUUUCGAAAAGGAUGCGGAGAAUAAGAUUGAAAUUGCUGAAAUGCAACCUGUUUGGCAAUUUGAUAAAGAGGACAGUAUCCGGAAAGUCUGCCUUGCUUCUGCCUCACAUGAAGAGGAUCCUGAUAGUCGCCCAGUAACAUCACAGAGAAGAUCUGGUAUGAGCAUAUGGGAAAGAAGGGGUAAAUCUGCUUCUGUUCAUAUUGAAACUGGCAGAGAUAGAGAAGAUUGCAUAGAGGCCAAUGCUGAUCUAACGAUACAAUUGGAGAACAACGAGAAUAUCAGAAAUGGAUCACCUUCACAAGAUUUGUUUACUGCUGCAGAUUGGUCUGAAGAAAUUUUUACUUCAGAUAAAGAGAAUCACACUCCCGAUAUCCUAUUAAAUAGGCCAUUAAAGGAGAUGGACCUGGGUAAAGUGAAACACCAAUUUAGUGUGGAUUCUCUGCUUUCUUCUUUGGAUGAUCAUGUGGAAGAAGCUUUUACACCAGAUAAAGAGAACAUGACUCCUAAAACUCAUCUAUUUAAGUCCAUGAAAAGAUUGGGAAAGUUGGAAGAGAUUAACCAUUUAAAAUCAUAUAGAUCAUCUCCUUUAAAAAAUGCCGGUUCAAUUAAACAUGAAUGUCUAGACAUGCUUGUACUUUCAGAUGAUCGGAAUCAAGUCAGCAAUUUACUUCGAGAAAAGAAAUCAGCAAAUCCUGCCCCUAGAAGUCUAGCUAGGUCAAAGGCAGCUAUCUUGAAGGUUAGGGAAGAUAGGGUGCCCUUUCAGUCUUUGCUGGUGAACUCAAGUAAAACCAAAUCUGAAGCUUCAGACCCAGCCGGAAGAAUAGGAAGCUCUAAAUCUGUGAAGAAUCCACAAAUGACAGAGGCAACUCAUUCCUUUCUAAACUCUUCUGAAGAAAAUAGGACUUGGACCAUGGUUGUGGACACUGCUUGUUUGCUAGACAAAGAGUCAAGGAAGGCAUUGCAGCUAAUGCAAGGUCUCCAAGGAACUAGUUUAAUCAUCCCCAGAAUUGUCAUAAGGGAACUAGACAGCAUGAAGAGGCAUAGUACCUUGUUUAAAAGAACAGCGGGGGCUGACUCAGCAUUACAGUGGAUUGAAGAAUCUAUGGUGAAAGCAAAAUGGUGGAUUCAUGUGCAGAGUUCGCUGGAAGAUGCGAGACCAAUUGCACCAACCCCUCGUUCUAUUCCUUUAUCUGAAUCAAAUGAAGAAAAGGAGAAAUUUUCAAUUGGCUCCAUUCCAUAUGCUCCUUUUGGUAGUUUACUGGAUAUAGUUUCACCAACAACAGAAGACCAUGUCCUUGAAUGUGCUCUUUUCUUCAGAAAAAUUGGGAAUAAUGGACAGCUCAUCCUUCUUAGUAAUGAUGUCACUCUCAAGAUCAAGGCCAUGGCAGAAGGUUUGCGCUGCGAGACAGCAGAGGAAUUCCGUGAGAGUCUAGUGAACCCAUUCUCAGAGAGAUUUUUGUGGACUGCCAGCUCUCCAAGAGGACCCACUUGGUCUUGCCUUGAUGAUGUUGUUCUCAGGGAGAAAUACUACAAUGGCCCUUCAAGAAAGCAGUCAAAAUUAGAACCUGCGAAGGGCUUGAAGCUCAUAUUGCUUCACAAUUCCCAGUACAAGCAAAUCAGCUCAGUUAGCUAAGCAAAUUAUGAUGUUAAUUUCCUCAUUCUCACUCUCUUCUCAGUUGACAAUUAAGACUUGGACAUCACCUCUUGGCUUGUUUUUUUUGGGGAUCAUAUACCUAGUCUAUCUCAUUUAAAGCCAUUGUUUUAAUCUAUAUGAUU